UCCUCUGCGUUGCGUUGCGUUGCGUUGCGUUGUUUCUCAGUCCGUGUCUGGUCUUAGCUGUUGCGCAAGUUGUCGUGCCGUGCUACUACAAACAUGAUCAUGGACUUCGUGAUUACGACACCGUAUCUUGGAGACUGAGUUUUCCACCAUCAAUGACUUCUUCUUCUUCUUCUUCUUCUUCCUCUUCCGGUCUUCUUCUUCUUCACAACAUCAACAUCACCGCCUCUUUCUCUGCAAGGUUGUGCAUAUGUAGUCAACUGUUGAUAGAUGUUUGACAGCGGUCACAAAUCAGAAUACAUGGGUGGCCAGAGGGAAACUUUUUUGAGGUUGGAUGACUUUGAUCCUAGACUGUCUGCAUCUUCUAAUGCUGGAGUUAUGAAAUCUGGAUUUGGUAUUGAUAAGUUAAGCCAUGGUGGUCAUGGAAGCAGCCCAACCUCUAGGUCUUUUAAAAGAGGAAUGAGAAAGGGAUCUGAAGGACUGAAGUCACUUGGUCGGUCACUUGGAUUGGGGGUAUCUAGGGCGGUGUUCCCGGAAGAUCUUAAAGUGUCAGAAAAGAAGAUAUUUGAUCCUCAAGACAAAUUCUUGCUCUUAUUGAACAAGUUUUUUGUUGUCUCAUGCAUUUUAUCUGUGUCUGUGGAUCCACUGUUUUUUUAUCUCCCUGUUAUCAAUGAUCGAUUACACUGUCUUGGAAUAGACCGAAAGUUGGCAACGAUAGUUACCACCUUAAGGACAGUCAUUGAUGCUUUCUAUCUUAUACACAUGGCUCUCCAAUUCCGAACUGCUUAUAUUGCUCCGUCAUCUCGUGUCUUUGGGCGGGGUGAGCUUGUGAUAGAUUCAGGACAGAUAGCCAGGCGAUACUUGCAGCGGUAUUUCAUCAUUGAUUUCCUGUCUGUGGUGCCGAUACCUCAGAUUGUGGUUUGGAGAUUUCUUCAGACGUCAAAAAGUUCAGACGUACUAGCAACAAAGCGGGCCUUGUUUUUCGUUAUCUUGCUUCAAUAUGUUCCUAGAUUUCUUCGAAUGGUACCAUUGACUUCAGAACUUAAGAGAACAGCCGGUGUCUUUGCUGAAACUGCAUGGGCAGGUGCAGCAUAUUAUUUGCUGUUGUACAUGCUUGCUAGUCAUAUAGUUGGUGCUUUUUGGUACUUGUUAGCUAUUGAGCGCAAUGACUCAUGCUGGCAGAAAGCUUGCAGUGAGAAUGGGUGCAACCAAAACUUCCUGUAUUGUGGCAGUGAGCAUGCAGACGGUUAUACUGCCUGGCAGAAUAGAAGUGAAGCUAUUCUUAAGUCAAAGUGCUCUGCAGAUGUUGAUCCUCCACCUUUUGAUUAUGGAAUUUUUGAACAAGCCCUGUCAUCUGGUAUAAUUUCAUCUAAAAAGUUCGUCUCCAAAUACUGUUACUGUUUAUGGUGGGGGCUCCAAAAUUUGAGUACACUUGGUCAGGGGCUUCAAACUAGCACCUACCCUUGGGAGGUUAUCUUUUCAAUAACACUAGCUAUAUUUGGCCUCAUCCUUUUUGCACUUCUAAUUGGCAACAUGCAGACAUAUCUUCAAUCUCUUACCAUUAGGCUCGAGGAAAUGAGAGUCAAAAGGCGUGACUCGGAACAGUGGAUGCAUCAUCGCUUACUCCCACCAGAGCUUAGAGAGCGUGUGAGACGAUAUGAUCAAUAUAAGUGGUUGGCAACACGUGGUGUAGAUGAAGACUGUUUAGUUCAGAGUCUACCAAAGGAUCUUCGAAGAGAUAUUAAGCGUCAUCUGUGUUUGGCUUUAGUGAGGAGGGUUCCGUUGUUUGAGAGCAUGGAUGAGAGACUGCUUGAUGCCAUAUGUGAGAGACUUAAACCAAGUUUAUUUACAGAGCAUACUUACAUUGUCCGGGAAGGAGAUCCUGUUGAUGAGAUGCUUUUCAUCAUACGUGGUCGCCUUGAGAGUGUUACCACAGAUGGUGGGAGGAGCGGAUUCUUCAACCGUGGUUUUCUAAAAGAAGCUGAUUUCUGUGGGGAGGAGCUUUUAACUUGGGCCCUGGACCCCAGAUCUGGUUCUAAUCUCCCAACUUCUACUCGAACAGUAAAGGCAUUAACAGAGGUUGAGGCUUUUGCCUUAACUGCAGAUGAGUUAAAAUUUGUUGCGAGUCAGUUUAGGCGCCUUCACAGUAGACAGGUUCAACACACUUUCCGCUUUUACUCGCAACAAUGGAGAACUUGGGCUGCGUGCUUUAUCCAAGCUGCAUGGCGUCGAUAUUGUAAAAAGAAAAUUCUGAAGCUUCGUCAAAAGGAAGAAGCUGAUGAGUCAGAAGGAACUCAUGACAAUGCUAGUGGCAUUUCCUCCAGCCUGGGUGCGACCUUGUUAGCCUCAAAGUUUGCGGCACGCACACUUCGUGGUGUGCAUCGCAAUCGACUUGCUAAAACGGCAAGGGAGUUAGUAAAACUACAAAAACCCCCCGAGCCUGACUUUACAGCAGAUGAUGCUGACUAACAUUUUCAUGUGUAAACUACUCUCUUGAAAUGCUUGUUUUCAUUGUUUAUUAUGACUGAACUUGAAGAUAGGUUGAAAGAAGUGUAUUAUACAAUUAUUCUGGUUGCAGUUUCCAGGAUUUCAAGAGUUGUAAUGACUCUGCUUCUCUUUCAUUGUAAAUUAUAGUAUUGUAUUUGUAUACUUAGACCAACUGACAGUCAUAUUAGGCUUGCAACUGAUGGCAUGUUUUCAAUUUUAUUAUUGAAGUUAUUGAUUGGAAGAA